GAACAUGUGAUUGAAAACCAGUCGUGGCAACAUAUUUUCGCUUGACGCUACUUAUUCGUUCUUUUGUUAUUUGAUCGUAAUGUCUUCCCGGGUAUUACGUAAACUGAAGAAAGAUUCUGAAAAUUCGCUUGAUGACAAUAAUAAUUUUAGUGAUAAUGACGAUCCCAUCACCGGAGGUUCUGUUUUCUCCGAAUUCAGUAAUUGUUUUCCCUCACAGUUGAUAACUAUUCCUUCCUCUGAUGACAAUCCUCAGGAUCAUUGUGAAUCUUUUAAAUCCAAAAAGCGGAAAAAGAAAAAAAAUAAGCAAAAGGACAAAACUGGAAUAACCUACCAAUUGGGUAAUAUAAAACUUCCAAAUGACCCAGGGAUUGCUGAUCAAAAUAAACAAGUGAUAGAUUUGCUAAAAGUAAAUAUCAAGAUGCUAGAUCAUGUUGGAGAACUUAGUCGUUUGUUUGGGUCAGAAGUUAUCGGUGGGUCCGAAACAUAUUUACGAAGAAAACGAAGUCGCGUCAAACGUGGUAUGCUUGUAUCGAUAAAGUCCACUUGGCCACCUACUGUUCGAAUUGGCUUGAGUAUGGAACCUUUGGGUUGUGGUUCAUAUACUUUCGUACACAGUAAAGAAUAUCAAAAUAUCCAGAGGUCAUUUUACAAUGCUUUAGAAUCCAUGAAUCCAAAUAAUUUGAGUAGUAUAUUAUAUGAAAAUCCUUAUCACAUAGAUUCUUUACUACAGUUGAGCGAAAUAAUGAUGCACCAGGAAGAUACGACUGUAGGUACUGAUCUUCUGGAACGCGCACUCCAUGCUUUUCAAUCAGCUUUCCAUCCAUCCUUUAAUCCAUUCAACGGUUCUUGUCGUCUAGACUUUAAGCGUCAAGUCAAUCGUGGUUUGUUUGUAGCACUUUUCCGCUAUAUCUUGAAAAUUAGUGAACGGGGCUGUCAUCGAAGUGCACUGGAAUAUUGCAAAUUAUUGUUAAGUCUUGAUUAUGAAGAUGAUCCUUUGACAGUCCUACUCAUGAUAGAUCGUUAUGCUAUUUACUCCAGGCAGUAUAGUUUCCUAAUUGAUUUAUAUGAUAGCCUAAAUGGUUCGCGCAACUUGUACUUGCUUCCCAAUUUUGGUUUAUCUAUACCAUUGGCUCGUAAGUUGAUUGGUGAAGAUCCAGAGAAAUGUGAUAAAAACAAGAUGAGUGUGGAUGAAUCUUUGCAAGAUGCUUUAAUCAUGUUCCCCGGAUUUGUGUCGCGCUUACUUAAACAUACAAGUAUCGGGGGUAUUACAAAUCUUGAAAAAUCUAUCCUUUUUGGAAGAGAAGUUCUAUUGAGUGAAUCAGAUAGUCUUGGUUGUUUACUAAGUCUAUAUGUCGCUCGCAUGCAUCCUCUUUGGUCCUCACCCAACGUCCUUCCGUGGCUGGAAAAAAAUAUUGCGACUGUUUUAAAUUUGGUUGAACCUAAACAAUUGCAUCUUUCUGAGUCUAAUACUAUUGAUCCACGUCUUUCUGAAUAUUCCAAAAGACGAAAAACUCUUUAUCCUGUUUUCCCACCGAAGAUUUUGAGGCACCUGAUUUUGUCCGAAGUUUCUGAAGCUCCACCCAUUUUACCCCGAAAUUUAACAAGUUCUCCUAUCUAUACAUUUGAUCCUCUUCCACCCAGAAGUUCUAUCAAUAUUUACGAUCCAGAGGAAGAAAGACGUCGCGUUCGUGAAACUAUGGCUGGAAGUGGAUUUCUCAACGGUCUUCUAUCAUCAUUCUUACCCUCAAGCUCUAUAAAUGCUGAAUUGGCUCUUCGUGGUCCUUCUGGUACACCAACAGUCAAUGAAACUGCUUCUGGUAGUAUUGGUGGAAUCGUACGUUCAGCAGCGGAAACGUUCUCUGCUACUCUUAGACAAGUGUUAGAUAUGAUUGAUAUUCGUACAGUUGGCUUGGAGUACGAAGAUAAUAAUCAUAAUAAUUCUUCUGAUGAAGCUCCUUAAAGCUUUGUUAUUGUUUAUUUCCCAGGAAAUGCAAACAAUGUCUUUUUCACUAGCAAGGUUGGGCCUGAUAGUUUCAAAUAAGUUGAGCAUUGGGUAGAAAGUUAAUGUUAAAUAAAUAUUUAGUCUGAAGAAUUAGCCUGCAUUAAGUCACGGAACGUCAAAAAUACAAUUUUUUCACUUAUUGGGAUAUAACAAAAAGUAUAUUUAUCACUGUUUUUUCCUUAAAAAAUAAUCAUGUGUUCAUUCAGGUUAAUGUAUCGCUGUGUUAUGAGGUAUAUAUGUAUAUGAAGUAAAAUAAAUGUUGGAAUUGUUAUUGUGUGGUCUUAAUUGUGUAACAGUUAUUUUGACACAUUUUAUAUCAUGGAAACGAAGAUAUGAAACACCGCUAUUAAAAAAC